GGAAACUUUCAGAGCAAUUGAAAUAAUAAUAAAAAAACACUUUGACGAGUUUUAAAAUAGGGAAAUUAUUAUUUAGACUCGUAUCUGACCAAAUAGACAAUUCGGACUGCGAAGCUCAGCCUUUUCAGGUGGCGCUGCUCGAGAGAGUACAACAAAUUUCACAUCACGCCUACAGUGGAACAUUGGAACGUUUUACAGGGUUUCAGCUGAUUCCACAGCAUGUAUCAGGUAUGUUGUCAGAAUUACAACAUGGUCCUGGAAAGGUUGUUACCUGGAGGGAAGGAGUCUAAGAUCACUUGAUUUAAACCAACACCAAAUAACCGCAGAGGAGGCGGAACAAUGCCAGACUCAGCCCUGUUUCCACCAAUUCCACCAGUCACUGCUCUGAACUGUUCCUUGGAACUAUCGAAUUGCUCUUUCGCUAACCUCUCCGCAAUUGCAUAUGGUGACGAGUGCUACGGCAGCCACUCUUUGUUUGUUGUAAUGGCAAUUGCAUACAGUGCUGUGGUACUGUUGGGUGUUGUGGGCAACCUAGCUCUCAUCCUUGUCAUUGCACGGCAACGGGAACUUCACAACGUCACAAACGUCUUAAUCGCGAACCUCUCCGUUUCGGACCUGCUGAUGUCCCUAGUGUGUCUGCCGUUUACCUUCAUCUACACCUUUAUGGACCACUGGGUGUUUGGCGCGGUCAUGUGUAAACUCAACAGCCUGGUCCAGUGCUGCUCUGUCUCGGUGUCCAUCUUCUCCUUGGUUCUGAUUGCCAUUGAGAGGCACCAGCUCAUCCUGCACCCACGCGGAUGGAGGCCCAGUCUGAACCAUGCCUGCCUGGGCAUCAGCCUCACCUGGGCCCUGGCUGUCCUCACUGCCACACCCUUUCUGUUGUUCUCCAGGGUGACAGAUGCCCCUCUGAAGCAGCUUCCCUCAGUGUUUCAGGAGCAGUACAGGGGAAAGGUGGUGUGUGUGGAAGAGUGGCCCUCCAGAGAAAUCAAGCUCACCUACACUACUGGCAUGCUGGUGCUGCAGUAUAUCACUCCUCUCACCUUCAUCUUCAUCUGCUACCUGAAGAUCUACACUCGUCUGCAGCGGCGUAAUAACAUGAUGGACAGAAUGCGUGAAAACAAAUACCGAAGCAGUGAGACUAAACGGAUAAACAUCAUGCUCUUUUCCAUCGUGGUGGCAUUUGCGGUUUGCUGGCUCCCGCUGAACGUCUUCAAUGCCGUCAUCGACUGGAACCAUGAAGUGGCAAUGAACUGUACCCACAAUCUCCUGUUCUCGCUGUGUCACUUAACAGCAAUGUGCUCAGUCUGCAUAAACCCGGUGUUCUACGGGUUCCUGAACCGUAACUUCCAGCGUGACCUCCGGGCUUUCCGACUCUGCAAAAUUGUGUCAGCACGAGAGAAUGAAUAUGACAUGGUUGCCAUGUCGACUGUUCACACGGAUGUGUCCAAGAUGUCACUGAAAAUUAGUAGCCUAGAUCUCUAGUACAGUUUUGUAAGUGACACUUGUGUCUGUGUUCUGUAAAAUGCACUGGAUAAAACGUCUCUUUAGAUUUAGUUCAAAAAGAAAAGUGUGCAUUUAAAAUCAAGAGUGAUUGUUAGUAAACAUAACGAUUGAUAUCAUGACAGCAACCGCUUUCCAAGCUCUGUAUUACAGUUGUAAAAUUGUACAUACAAAAUCAAGCGAGGAUGCUGAAUACAUUUCUUGAAAACAUCCAAUGUCCCGUGUCAGCGAGGGCUCUUUGGGACCAAGUAAGAGUCUGAAGACAUAACAGAAAUUGUACAAGGUUCAGACGAGUGAACUGAGCUUUGAUCACUCAGAUGAAAUCUUCCUGCUGUGCGUUUGAAUUAGAGUGAAGAAAGAAGAAAUGAAAAUGAAUGCAAAGCCCAAGAGGUCACAAAUUCAGAAAUGGAUUUAAAUGUAUAAUGAAUGUCAGAUGUUACUUUUAAGAGAGACACUGAACUUCUGUUUCUGAAGUGGAUUAAUUUUUUUUUAUUAUUUAUUUUUUUGAGUUCUGAGUGUUGAAUCCAAAAUUUAAUGUAUUUUCUUCUUAUUUAUCUCUUGACAAACCAAGCCUGCAAGAAGUACAGAGCUGAUUUUUUUUUCCCAAACUGACAGCAUUUUGCAGCCACAAAGUGACCUGGUAUUGUUCUUUUUCAAUGAGAAUUGGCAAUUUCUGAUGACAUAAGUGACAGCGGCUGUUGGUGAAAUAACAAAGUUGAGUGGCUCUGCAACUUCCAGGCAUUUAAAUGCUGUCAGUGUAAACAAGGCUGUUGGGCUAUUGCUCACAGGGGCUUAUUUUAAGUCAUGGGGUGCCCAGUCCUGCUCCUGGAAGGUCAACGUCCUCCUCUCCUGAAACUUUCAGGCAGGAUUUUGUUUUUUGUUUUGUUUUGUUUUGUUUUGUUUUGUUUUGUUUUGUUUUGUUUUGUUUUGUUUUGUUUUGUUUUGUUUUGUUUUUUGUUUUGUUUUGUUUGUUUUGUUUUUGUUUUGUUUUGUUUUGGUUUUUUGUUUGUUUUGAUUUUUGUUUUUUGUUUUUUUGUUUUGCUACUUUCACCUAAUGAAAUUACACACAAAUAAGGAAAUAGGAAUGUGUCAGUGGUUUAAUCAAUGUAAUUCUACACUGAUGCAUAAUGAUUGUAAUUGAACAUAAAGAUGCUUUACUAUUUUUAAUUUGAUAAUGAUAUUAAUUACCUCUACUUAUAUUACAAUAUUACAUGUUAUAUUUGAGGUACUGUUGCUUACUGACAGAUUUACAAUAUAUUUUUUAGAUUUAUUCCUUCAGUAGCCUAUUAGAAAAUAAUAUUUUGUCAAUGUAAUGCCUUCACCAUUCUGUUUUAUGGUCAGUGUGGUCUUUGAAGUUGUAGUUUUAGACUUACAUUUGAAUUUGUGAGAGCAAAAAUGUUGUAUACAGUGAAAUACAGGAUUUGAUAAAAACAUUAAAUAUUUCUUACUCUAUACAGUCGUGGUCGGAAUUGUUGGUACCCUUGGUAAAUAUGAACAAAGAAGCCUGUAAAAAUAAAUCUGCAUUGUUAAUCCUUUUGAUCUUUUAUUGAAUUUUUAUUCAAAUUCACAAAAAUCUAACCUUUCAUUGAAAUUGAAUUUAUGGAAAUAAACACUUUUCUCCAAAAACAUUGGCCACAAUUAAUGGCACCCUUUUAUUCAAUGCUUUUUGAAACCUCCUUUUGCAAAGAUAACAGCUCUGAGACAUCUCCUACAGUGCCUGAUGAGUUUGGAAAACACAUGACAAGAGAUCAAAGACCAUUCCUCCAGAAUCUCUCUAGAUCCUUCAAAUUCUCAGGUCCCCCUCUUCUCUUCCUCACUUCACCCCACUCAUUUUUAUAGGGUUCAGGUCAGGGAACUGGGAUGGUCAUGGCAGAACCUUAAUUUUGUGCUCAGUGACCCAAUUUUAUGUUGAUUUUAAUGUUUGUUUUGGAACAUUGUCCUGAUGGAAGAUCCA